AUGUCAGCAAUGGAUAUCAAUAACAAAAACAAAAUCAAUACCAACAGUAAUGAAGCAUCACAAAGACCAGGAGUUGCUACAAAUUUUUUAUAUAAAAUAACAGAAUUAGCAGCCUACACUUCAACUUUAGCCUCUGAAACUUAUCAAACUUUAACUGAUCAUUCCAUUCGGAAAUUAAAUAACAACGACAACGAUAAUAAUAACGAUUUUGAACCUCCGCCACCAUACGAUAGUUCGUGGACUAUGCCACCACCAUCUGUGACUCCCAACUCUGGUAAAAAUUCAUUAACUGUACCAGCCAACAAUAAAAAUAAUAAUUGUCCUCGUCGUAAACCAAUACGUGUUCGUCGUAACCGUAGACCACUCCAAGAUGAUGUUUUCCAUAAAUUCAAUUAUAAAUUAGCAGAUAUGAUUGCAGAAGGUAAAGCUGCACUGACAAGCACAGUAGAUAUUACAAGAAGACUUACAAAUUCUUCUUCAACAUCAUCCGAUUUUGAAUAUUUUGGUUCAGCUCCAAUGUCUAAUUCUUUUGAUUAUGGAUAUGGUUUAGCUCAAAGUGGCUAUUCAUCACCAACAGGUUAUGAUUCACCACCAAUAGGAUUCUUUUCGGCUAACAACACUUCUUCUACUGCUAUAAACACCAACACUACCACUUCGUCGUCGUCAUCUCCUUUAUUAUCAUCACCAACUCUUGGAUAUUCAACGUUGGCAGUCCCAGUCCAAUUCUAUAAUUUUUUGAUAAGAGGAGAAUCAUUUUCAAAGAGUGAUAUUUCAAGAGGUGAAAUUGUUAAAAACACAGAAAAAACUAUUCAAAUUAUUCAAUUUGAGGUAAUUCGUCUCGUCAAAAGAAAUAUCAAAAGAAGUGUUUUUAACCGAGUAUUAAAAUCAAGUUUUAUUCUGGAUCAUUCUACUAGAAAACUCGCCAAUGACAUUUAUGAUAAGAAAGAAAAGUUCAAGGAGCGCAUUACAAAAGCCAAAGAAUAUUCAUGUAAUGACGAGAAAACCGGUUUAUUUGUGUCUCACAGGCGGACAUUAGGCGUCAUGUUUCUUACUGCGAUUGUUUCGGAUCUGGAAAGACUAAUAAGCUCGAUAACUGAUGAAAUAAUAAAUGAGGCUGCCAUAGUAUUUUCACGAGCUUAUCCUGAAAUUGUUGCUGGCAAAGUUAAAUCAUCUGGAUUAUCGUGCAUUUUGAUUAAUUUACAAUACUGA